AACCUCUACUGGACCACAACGCGCCAGAAGAGAAGCGCUCCAACGCCGGUGCACAGCGGGCUCACAACGCCGGCAGAGUCCUCGGAGGUGGCGCACAAGGACCAAGCCUCCAUGGAGGUUGAAGCGGACGCAGCAGAGACGGCAACACCGGAACCGACGCUGCUACAGCCGUUCUCGCUGCAAGAUGAGGCAGCGCUCUCAACAACGAUGGCGGAGGUUGGCGUCAACGUCACAGACCAAAACGCCACUCAGCAGUGGAUGCAAGCACCGGUUACAAACAACCGCCAAGUGUUCGAGCUGGUGAGAGCGUAUCACCAGAAGGUGAUCCGGCCAGAGUAUUUUUCUCUGGCUGCGCAGCUGGAAGUGGGCCUCAGAAAUUUGAACAACAACAUCUUCAAAGUCCGCCAAGAAGUUUCCUGGAUGGCAUCGGAGAAUCGGCAGGCACAGAAGCACGCGGUCGGAACACAACUCCUCACAACUGGAUGGCCGCAAGGCAUGAGGCCAGUGGACAGAGAGUACAUGAUUGGAUGGAUGAUCAUGAAUACUCCAAAGGCCCACACCUUCUGCCAUGAGAGGGGCAAUGUGACCGAUUUCAAUGCGCACGAGGUGAAGCGAUACCUCAACGCGCUUUCGGUUGAUCCGGUAACUGUACCGGCGGGGGGCGAGUUUUACUCGACCAUGACGCUUUUGACCUUCAAAGCGUUCGAUAUCCGCUCUGCAGUGCUGGAAAAGUUUGGGGGUGGUACAAGGAGUCCCCUGUACCAGGACGACAACACACCGGUGCACAAUCAUCACAUCAAAGUCGCACCUUGUAGUCCCCAAUGGCAACGUAAGCUGGAAAGCCCGCUACGAGCUCUUCUGAAUUGCAUUAAUUCAUCUUCUGACCACAACUCGUCCCACUUGACGAUUUUGUGGAAAAGUCUCACCUUGAUGGCCCCCAAGCAAGGCAGCGAUUACCAAGAGGAUAUCACUGCAUGGGCUCGCCUUUUUUACUUUGAAGAGGAAGGAGAGUUCAGAGGCCGCCUAGAGGUGGUCAAAGAACUCAGUGAUUUGUUGAUGAGUCCCCCCACCGAGACCACAACUCAAGAGCCCAAUCUUUGGGCAGAGCAAUGGAACAAGGUCAUGUGGGGUCCACAGUUUGAGCUUGACCAAGCUGAAGCUCAAACUAUGGCGGCAGCAAAGAAUGCUGCAAUUUUGUCUGGAAAGGGAUGGCAGUUGGGAAAAGGCAAGCGUCAUUGGAGCAACGUUGCCAUACACACCAACUCCUAUGAGCCAUACCCGUUUCCUUUGAAAAUGGUCAUUGUAGACAAAGUCUACUUUUCGUGGGACGAGAUGUGCGAUAAGUUCAAAGUCCCGGAGCACAAAGUGGGCAAUUACAGCAUCGCCACAGUGCAAGGAAAGCCUCCGGCACCGGUUGUGGAGCAACUAGGAGCUGAGGCCAGUCAAGCCCCAAUCCCACCGACCACAACGCCAGCCACUGGCAAAGGUGGUCAAGCAAGCAAGAAGGGGCCAGCACCCAAGACGGGUGGCAAGAAAGGAGGUAGGACCUGA